UGUCGAGUUAACCUGAUCUCAUUCUGCAGUUUUCAUUCCUCUACGAAUCUACUCGUUUCUUUUCUUUUCUUUUAGAACCGCUGCGUGCGUUAAGAGUUUAUUUGAUCGUGCAGUCUCCACGUGCGCGGACGAUAUCAUUUCGGUAAACUUUUUGUUUUGUUUUGUUUUUCUUUUUUUUUUUCGCACAACCUACCUGAGUUGUGUUUCCCCUCUGCACGCCUCCACUCCUCUCCACCAUGGAUUUGGUUUGGAUUGUGGGCUUCGUUGUGAGCGUCUGCGCCUGGUUUGCUUCAGCUGAGCGACACAGUGUCUACUGGAACAGCACGAACCCAAAAUUUCUAUGGGACGACUAUGCUGUGGAGGUAAAGCUCAAUGACUACCUGGACAUCGUCUGCCCCCAUUACCCUGAGGGUGAGGUGCCAUUGCUGGAUGCCGAGCGAUACGUGCUGUACAUGGUGGAGCGCGAGGACUACGAAUCCUGCAAGCCCCAGUCGUACGACCAGAUGCGUUGGGAGUGUGGCCACCCAUUUGCCCCUCACGCCCCUGAGAAAUUCUCUGAAAAGUUCCAGCGUUUUACUCCAUUUACUCUGGGAAAGGAGUUCCGCCAAGGAGAAAGCUACUAUUAUAUCUCCAAACCUUUGCACCACCAUGGACAAGAGUGCCUCAGGCUUAAGGUGGACGUUGUAGCUGCUGAUGGCUCUCAAGAGCCCAGAGUGGCUAAAGGAGGCACAGGUGGGGCUGGAGUUGGAGCUGGGGGUGGGGUUCACAACCCAUCCAACAGACUGCCUGCAGCAGAUGACCCAGUGGUAAUGCUGCCAGACGUCCAGAAGAGUGUACGGACAAACUCUGCAGUGGCAGCUACGUCUCUCUCAAUCCUCUCAUUGCUAGUCCCAUUUUCAUUACUGUUAUUGUUGCACUGAGAGUACAUGAAAGAACUGCUGUUGGCAGACGUGUUUUUUUUCAGGGACUACAAUGAAGACAGUCCGUGGGGAUGAAACCACUGACUCAAAAAGACAGUUUUUCAUGCCCAGUGCUGGCCACAGGGAGAGUUUUUUGAAGCUUGGAAAGUACAGAUGGACUCGCUUGCACAACAUGUGCUGAGUAACUCUGAGCAUUCAGGACAAAGUAUGCGUGCUUUGUCUAAUUUUUCAAAAGGUGACAGUAUUUUUUUCUUGGAAAGACCAAGCUCUCCUUGAUUUGUAUUUUUUGGGGGGGUCUCUCAAAAACUCAUGAACCUCUUUGGAUGAUAACCCUAGGAGAAAAUAUGAAGAAAUGGAAGAGAAACCUAAAGUCAAAGAAGAACAAUCAAGAACAAAGAAACCAACUCUGUUUUGAAUUAUAUAGGCAUAAAUUAAGAUGAAAUAAAUCCGCAUUUAAUGGAAAAGUAAUCUCUUACCUUUUGAGCCAAAGAUAAGUCAUCUUUCCAACCUGUACACUAUUCCACCCUUGAGUAUUGUGUACUAUUUGUUGUAUUGUUAUCGUAAUGGUAUUGAGUGGCAUUGAUGUCCCAAGUGAUUACUCUCUCUAAAUGUAGCAUUGACAGACACGGGGGCUGUUCUCAUCACUACCAUUCCUUUGCAAACUCGACCAUGUGCUUAUAUACUGUAGCACUAAUACUGCACAGUACAGACACACUGACAUACACUCCACGUCAGCGUUGCACACAGACACACACUACGACAUCGGACACUCCAUUGAACUGCGUUACUUGUACAUUCUGUGAAGAUAAUUUAUAACAUUUGCAGCUGAGAAGUUUUACUGUAUAUACCAUGUGCUUAUGAAAGGAAAUGUUGACUGUUGGCUGUGAAGGGGGCUUUUUCUCUCUCUCCUGGUAGAGGUAGUACUUGUGUGAGUGAGAGUAAGUGAAUGUGCGUGAGCUAGGGAGCGUUUGAUUGAAAGCGAGACAAACUGUUUUUCUGCCAAAAGCAAACACUGAGUUGUUGUGUAUAUUGCAGAGAGGCUGGACUUCUCUGUUUGUUGGAUCUUGCCCCUGUAUUGGUUAAACUGUCUGACAUGAUGGACUGGUAUCAAAUCAUUUUUACUGCAGGAUCCACCCCUGUGUGCAUCAUGGUGCUUUCCUUCUUUUUUCCAACUCUAGGCAGAAAACAAGCAAAGAUUUCUAAACACAAAGUAAUCAGCUAUUUAGACUUUCAGAAUAACUGUUAGGCAGUUUUGGAUAAUAUGAAAAUGUUAUUGUCACCAGUUCACAACAGACAAGACACGGCAUCAAAGUGAGUUGCCAAGCACAUCUUCACCCGACAGGCUGGCUUGAUCAACGAAGCACAACAGUGUAUGACUACCAUUGAAGUCAGUCUUUUUUUAAAUCUGAACUCUUGUUACCUAAUUUUGUACAUGUGUAAGUAAGAGAAGUGUAUAAUAUGUACAUAUAUAUAUAUAGAAGAUUAUAUAAAGACCUGUUUGAUAAAUAUGCUAAAUGUGAACAUUUCAUGUGAAAUAAAAAAUGAUAUUUUUGGAAAA